GGGGCGGCGCGAAGCGGGGCCCUCUGCCGCCCCGCGCUCCCAUGUACGCCUUCUACUCGCUGCUCAUCUACAUCUUCUACAGCCUCUUCCGCAGGGAUGGAGGAGCGGCGGCGGCGGCCGCCGGGGACCCCGGCCAGAGAGACAGCCGCCCGCCCGCGGGUCGCCGUCGCCCCGAGCAGCUCGCGCCGGAGUUGUGGGCCGAGCUGACCGGCCUGGCCGGCUGCGAGGAGGCUGAGGAUGAGCCGGAAGUGGGCGCGGAGCGCCGCGGGGCCGCCGUAUCCCUGGAGGAGGCGCUCACGCGCCUGGCGGAGUUCCUCUCGGUCCAGCUGGGGGCGGGAGAGAGCGGCGGGACUGCUCCAGACCUGGGCCAGCCCGGCGAGCUGCCCCCGCUGCUGACCGUGACCAGUCAGCUCCUGGCCCUUCUGGCUUGGAUUCGGAGCCCCCGAGCAAGGCGGGCCUUCCUGCAGGGGACUCAGCCGGCCUCCCGCGUGCAGCCGCCGCCUCCAGAUGGACCCCUGCCCGCUCAGGAAGACCCUUCCGACCUCGCUGCAGGCCCCGGGGAGGCGGCCAAGGGUGAGGCCCCGGGGCAGCAGCCCCUGCAGCUGGAGGAGGACCAGCGAGCCUGGCAGCGCCUGGAGCAGCUCAUCCUGGGCCAGGGGGCGACAGACUCAGAGAAAAGAGUGCAGCACCUGACCCUGGAGAACGAGGCCCUGAAACAGAGCCUGAGCCUCACCCGGGACCUCCUGCGGCACUGGGGCGCCGGCCCACCGGCCAGGGCCCCCCAGGACGAGGCAGAGGCGCUGGGGGAGCUGCAGGGCCGGCUACAAGAGGCCCAGCACACCACGGAGGCCCUCCGCGUCCAGCUGGGGGUGCAGGAGGCGCAGCUGCAGGGGCUCCGAGCCACCCUCCAGCAGCUGCAGCAGGAGACGGAGCAGAACUGCCGACAGGAGCUGCGGCAGGUGCACGCGCAGCUGGCGGGACUUCGGGCACGGAUGGCCGGUCUGCGUCAGGGCUGCGGGGACCUCAGAGGACUGGUCAGCACCUUUACACAGAGCUGUCAGGGUUCACUGAGUGAGGCUCGAGGCCAGGUAACCUGGGCCCUGGGGGCACUGUCGGCCAGCGAAGCUGGGACUCCGCUCCCCGAGGGGCAGCAGGGCCCCCCAGCUGGAUGCCCAGGGCGACUCCUGGAGCUGAGGGGGAACAUCCGGCUGCUGUGUCGCCUGAGGCCAGGGACACCUUCCAGCCUGGUGAGCGUGGAACCCGGGCGCAGGGGCACGGUCACCACCUGCUACCGAGGGCGCCAGCGUUGCUUCCGCCUGGACUGGGUCUUCGCUCCCGACGCCAGCCAGGAGGAGGUCUUCAGGGAGCUGGAGCCAGCCGUGCUGUCCUGUCUCCGAGGCUACAGCGUCUGCAUCUUCACCUACGGACAGACCGGGGCAGGGAAGACCUACAGCAUGGAGGGCCCACCCGAGGACCCGGGCAUAGCUCCUAGGGCGCUGCAGUCACUGUUCCAGGAGAUGGGGGCUGCAGGGCGGCACCGCGUGACCCUUAGCAUGGUGGAGAUCUACAACGAGGCCGUCAGGGACCUCCUGGCCCCUGGGCCCCCGGAGCGCCUGGCAGUGAGGCAGGGCCCGGCGGGUCAGGGAGGGGUGCAGGUGGCCGGCCUCACCCACUGGGACGUGCCCAACCUGGACACGCUGCACCAGAUGCUGAGCCUGGGGAGGAGCAACCGGGCCACCGCCGCCACAGCCAUGAACCAGCACAGCUCCCGCUCGCACGCCCUGGUGACGCUGACCCUGUCUCCACCGCGGGCCCCGGGCACCACAGAUCUCCACGCGGCCAGAGGACCUUGGGGAGACUGUGUGUUCGCUCAAGUUCGCCGAGAGGGUGGGUCAGGUGGAGCUGGGGCCGGCCCGGCGCCGCAGGCCCCCGCGCUCGGGGACGCCCUCCUCCCUCGGCAGCGGGACGCCGCCCACGCCCACGCCCACGCCGCCGUCCGCUGGCAGCCCUCCCAGCCCCAGCCGCAGCCCGGCCCUGACACCCCCAGAGGGUCGCAGCCUAGCCUGAGGGUCUGGGGCUGCACCUCUGCGGGCAGAGGCAGCAGGAAAGCCCCUGACCCCACCCCUCUCCCAGGGCACCACCUCUUUGCUGUCUGGGGGCCCCCAGAGCUGCCCCCGCCCUGGCCAAGUGUUGUCUGUCGAUGGGGAGGGGCAGCCACUAGGCCACAGACCCUCGGCUCCCUCCUUAUCACCAUUUGUCCUUAUCAGCACAGCAGGAGGGCCCAGACCUGGCCAAGUGGUUGCCCAAGUCCCCGACCCUGCCCCCAAGCCAGACUUGGUAUGAAAAUGCUGUAAAAUUCCUUUACUGUCCCCUGCCCCCACCACGGAGGAUCCAGUGUUUAUUCCCUACCCGCUGUCCCCAAAAAGGUGCUCCCCUUUCCAGACAGGGUCCAGCACUGGAUUCUCCCUCCCCCAGCCCGAGGCCAGUGUGGGCAGUGAUGGAUGGUUGGGUUGGGCAGGGGUGGGGGAAGAUGGGACCAGGAAUGGCUGCUGAGGCGAGCCCUGCCCUCCCAGCCUUGCCCUGCGUGCCAGGGAGGAAGAGGCAGGCCUGACCAGCCGCCGGGGUGUGCCCAGCUGGGGGCACAGCCCUGUGAGGUGCAGCCUAAUAAACAUGAUCGAUCGGCUC